AUGUCUAAGAUUUCAUAAUAAUAAUAUCUCAAACUUUGAGUUAGCUAGCCAUGGCACCCUAUGACCAAAAAAACAUGUUUUUAAAACACCCUUUUCACCUUCGAAAUGGCUCCGACGAGCUCGAUGUUUUUCAGGCCACACAAUAUUUCGCGGGCGAAGAAAAACCAUCCCCGGGCGAGGUUCGACCAAUAGUCUCAUCGCAGAAAGAACGCGCCCGCGAACUUGAUCAAAAACAGGGGAUUAGAAGAAUUGGUAGAAUGAGCUUAGACUUGCCUACAAAUAUAAGAAAUUCAUCAAUCUCUAAUUCUUCUCUAGCUGAUGAUGAUUAUGAUGAUCAAUUUCAUAUGAUUAUGGAUAAGAAACAACCAAGAACACCUGCAAGGAGAAUUGCAAGCUUCUUUAGUUCUCUAUUCAACCAAACAUCGAAUCAGAGAAAGUCGACGAAGAAUUCAAAAGUAUCGAAGGAGAGAAGGAGUAGCAUGAGCAAUUUAAGAGACAUCUCGUCUAAUAAUCAUGAUUCAAAGUCGAUAUAUUCGUCUUCAAGCUCAGAAACUCCUAAAAAAGGUGGCUAUAUUAAUAAUAACAUGAGAAGAAUCAACAAUUUCGAUCAAAACAAGCAAAUGGCACCGAUAUCGACAAGUUUACCUAGUAAAAUCAUCAUGCCUGCGACAUCUACAAUAAUAUGUGGGGAGAGUAAGGUUUUUGAAUAUGCUAAUUGGUUGGACGAAAAGUUCAAAGUUGAUUAUGCAAAAGGGUUGCCCGAAAAGGAGAAAAAGAAUCCAUGUCAAGAAGUUGGGGGAGAAUUAUUGAAGUCAAAGUUCAAUAAGGUCGAGGAUGCUGUUCAUCGCGAUGAAGUAGACGACGGAGGAGAGAGCGAUUCAAGCUCGGAUUUGUUUGAAAUAAGUGGUUUAUGAUGGGAUUAUGUUAUAAGAUUACUAUUGCAAAUUAAUGUGGAUUGAGUGAUUUAGUAAAUUAAUUAAUGAAAAAAAUGUAGUGUCUUUUGGUGGUCAUGUGAUGUGAUAGAGACCAUAUAUAAAGUAAGAUGCAUUGGUUAAUUAAUUAAGACAUUUUGAGUAGUUUUGUUUUUUGAUAA